AUGUUAAAUUUAUAAACUGUUUUAAGAGGAUUUGAAGAAAAUGGAUUAAAAUAAGAGAAAUAAUGUAAUAAGGAUGAAAUUUUAAAUAAAUUGGAUAUGAUGGCAAGAAGAGAGUUUGAUAGAGAAAUUGCUGAAUAAAUAUUUGAAUAAUGUCGACCUACAUAAGAAAAUUUGAAAUUAGUAUACAGACUAGCAGAUGUUAGUUAAACCUUAGUUGAUGCUAGUUUAAUAUUGAGUGAAAAGAUAAAGAAAGCAGAACAAUAAUUAAAAUAAAUAUCUUAGAAUAAGACAAUUUGUGAAAAAUAAUUAGCAGAAACAUGUUUGCUAUAAUCUUAUAAUUAGCUGUUUAUUCUGAUACAAGAUACUUAUUUUUGACAUUAUUAUGUGCAAAAAAUAUACCAUUAAAGUUAAAAUAUUCAAAUUGUCACAUAUAAUUAAAUUUGGGUGUUACAAAUUAAAUAGCAAAGCCAGAAUAAUAAUAUGAUAGAGUAAAUCCAGAAUUCAAUUAAGAUUUUGAAUUGUAAUCAAAAUAUACUUAAAUUUAAUUUUAAGUUCAAUUCCACCAACGACAACAUUCCUUUCAAUUCAAUUUUACAUAUAGACUAAUGCAGCUCCAGCAUUUUUGUGGGGAUAAACAUAUUUGUAAAUUCAGUAAUUGGAUGAUUAAUCAGUAAAAGAUAUGGAACUAUAAUUGAAAGAUCCAUAAGGUAGAGAAUUAGGAGCUAGUAUUGAAUUAGAAGCUUAAAUAGUAUUAAAUAAAGUAUUAUUGUAAAAGAUAAUUAGCAUCAAUAUUUAUAAACUUAACUUUAGAAAUUUGAAUAAAAGAUAUAUACACUUGAAAAUGAUUUAAAUGAGUAUAGAACUGAUUUAGAUGUAGUGGAAAGACCAUUUAAAAUAAAAUUAAUAAAGGAGUAAAGUUUCAAAUAAGAACAGAAUGAUAUUUUUGAAUAAUUUGAUCGAAAUUAAUAAAUGAAUGAAAUAGAUUAAUAAAAUCCUAAUUAAUUAUAGAUUUCUUAACAUAAAGAAUAAAUAAUAUCUGCAUUAUAAUCAGAAAAACAUUUAGAAAAAUUUGAUGAAACACCAGAAGCUCCUGAGAUUUUAUAACUUGGUGUCAUAAUAUUCACUAUUUAUGGUUUGAUCACUUUAUUUGUUUGUUCUGCUAAACCAUCUUUUUUAGAUGUAAUUAUAUAAUUAUUAUUUAUUAGGUUUUAGUUUGUCAUGGUCUCAUGUUUACUAUCUUUAUGGACAGAUUUGAACCAUUCCAUUUAAAACUUGUUGGAGGAGGUCUUGUAGCUUCAAUCUUUUAUGAUAUUUUAUGGAUGAAAUAAUACCAUGUAUGAUAGAGAUCUCAUUUCUAGUUAUGGUGGGAAAGUGAUGAUUAAAACAAUCCAGAAUGGGGAUUGAAGGCACAAACAUUAUUAAGAUUCGUUUUAGUUUUUACUUAUAUUUAAUUCUUGUACAAAGUAUUAUACAUAAUAAAUAUUUAAUAGUUUGUUGUAUGUUAUUAUAUAUAUUAAUUUCAUAGAGAAUCUAUUGAUC